UGUAUCACGAUCCACAUUAAUUAAUUAAUGGAACGAUCGACCAAAACAACACACAUGCAUUAUCUGAGUUUAUAAAACCGGCAAUCUGUCAACAUUUUGAUUGAAAAAUAUGGAUUCUUUCAUCAGUGAUGAUGCUCAAGAUUUAUUGGAAAAUCUUCAACCAUCUUCAGAUGAUCAUGAUCAUGAUGAUAAUAUUUCUUCAUUAAAUCAUUCAACAACAUCGAUCAAUAAUAAUAAUAAUGUAUUUCGACAAUCAUCAUAUGAUAAUUGUGCUAAUGAUAAUGAUAAUAAAUCCAAUAAUAAUAACAACCAAAAUGAUGAUCGAAUGAUGACCAUUACAAUGUCGAAUGAAUCACAACAACCGCAAUCACCAACAACGAUGGCAGUGGCCAGUAUACCGGCUCAACAAUUGGCCAAUGUUGAUAAAUCACAAAUUUUGGCCGUGAUUCAUCUGUUGAAAAAAUACCGAUUCAAUGCAACCGAAAAGAUUCUGUUGAAAGAAACAGCCAACAUAAUCAAUGAUGAUGAUAUUAAUAAUUUGGCCAAUGUAGAUCUGAUGAUGAUGAAAGAGACAAAUUUCUCAUCGCUUGUCUAUCAAACGGAAGAAAAUCCAAAUAUUUAUGAAGAAAAUUAUAAGCAAUUACAACGUUUUGUUGAUAGUUCUUUGGAUUCAUAUCGACAUGAAUUAUCUAAAUUAUUAUAUCCAGUAUUUGUUCAUAUGUAUUUGGAAUUAGUUUGUAGUGGUCAUGAAGAUCAAGCUAAAUCAUUUAUGCGUUUAUUUGGUAGACAACAAGAAUUUUGUUAUUCGAAUGAUAUUGAAAAGUUAUCACUGAUAACCAGAAUUGAACAUUUAUCAAUGUAUAAUGAAGUGCUGGAAAGUUUUCGUGAUUCCCAACAACUAUAUACAAUACGUUUGUCGAGAGAUUCAUAUAAUUAUUUAAAACGAUUUCUUCAGGAUAAAUCACAAACAUCAAGCGGUAUUGGUAAAGCAACUAUUUUGGUCAACAUUAUCCAGGAACAUUUAUUUAUCGAUGUUUAUGAAGGUUUGACUCGUAGCCGAAUGAAUGUUGAAGCAUUAUCGGGCGCCAUGUUUGGUGAAGCAAAUCGUGAUAUUAAUAAAAAACGUGUUUAUUAUGGUUUGUUUAAAGAACCAGACAUUAAAAUCGAUAUGAUGUAUGAUCUGGAUUUGGAUUUGGAUUGUUCAACAAGUCAACAUAAUCUCAAUUCCAAUGAUGUUUCAAUGAAUGAUACAUCAGGCGCUAUUGGUGGUGGAUCAUCAACAACUACCACCGGUGGUGCUCAUACAUCCAGUUAUUCGAUGAAAAAGAUGAAAAAAAUGAAAAAAGAUUCCAGUCAAUCGAAAAAAGCUAGAAAUGAUCCUAAUGCACCACCAUUGACAAGGAUACCGAUACCAGAAUUAAGGGAUACUGAACAGCUAGAAAAACGUAGAGCAAAAAAAGAAGCAAGUAAAGCUUUGAAAUUAGAAAAUGAAAAUGUUCUACCAUCGAUAUGUUUGUAUACAUUAUUGAAUGCACAACAACUUACAAAUGAAACCAGUGCUAUUUGUGCACAAAUAUCUGAUGAUUCAACAUUGUUGGCUAUUGGAUUUGCUGAUUCAUUCAUACGGAUAUGGCCGUUAACACCGGGUAAACUGCGUGGUUUAAAACCGGCCACCGAAUUAGAAAACCUGGAUAAAGAAUCUGAUGAUGUUAUGUUACGUAUAAUGAUGGAUAUGGGUAGUGAUAUGAAAAUAUUAUUCGGUCAUGGUGGUCCGGUUUAUGGUCUAAGUUUUAGUCCUUGUCGUGAUAUGUUGUUAUCAUGUUCCGAAGAUACUACCAUUCGUCUUUGGAGCCUUUUAACAUGGACAAAUGUUGUUGUUUACAAAGGGCAUUGUUUUCCAGUUUGGGAUGUUAAAUUCAGUCCACAUGGUUAUUAUUUUGCAUCAUGUUCCAAUGAUCGUACUGCAAGACUUUGGGCAACCGAUAAUCAUAAUCCAUUACGUUAUUUUGCCGGUCAUUUUGCUGAUGUUGAUUGUGUCCAAUUUCAUCCAAAUUCCAAUUAUGUUGCUACAGCAUCAUCCGAUCGUUCGAUUCGUUUAUGGGAUUGUUUAAAUGGACAAUGUGUUCGUCUGAUGACCGGUCAUAAAGAUAAUGUUCAUGUUUUAACAUUUGAAAAUUCCGGUAGAUUUCUGGCAACAGCCGGUGCCGAUAAACGAAUUUUGAUCUGGGAUUUAGCUACCGGACAUUUAGUAGCUGAUUUGGCCGGUAUUCAUACAAAUUCAAUCUAUACAUUAGCAUUCAAUCGGGGACCAGAAUCUUUAAUAUUAGCUUCUGGUGGCUUGGAUAACCGUGUCGUUCUUUGGAAUAUGAAAACAUUAUGGGAUGAUAUAGAUUUUCAAGAACUGACACCAACAUCUAUGCCACCAAUUAAAUCCAAAAGUGAAACCUAUCUACUGGCAAAAUAUCCAACCAAAUCGACCUAUAUUUUAUUGAAUCAUUUUACACGUCGUAAUCUGUUGCUAUCAAUUGGAGCAUUUCAUCAACAAUCCACAUGCACACUGUCAUCAUCAUCUACAUCUUAAUAAUAAUUAUUAAUAAAAAUAUUUUUUAUAA